GAAAUAUUAAGUUUGGUUAAGUUAUUACUGUUGUUAAAAAUACGAGAAUUCGAAUAUAAAUACUUUAGAAGAAAUACGGGUCUCUUAGAUGCAAUAAAGCCAUGAUAGUGAUAGCUCAGAAUGAAACGGAUGAAAAUAGACCUCCAAAGUGCUUUCGAGCACUCGAGCAGCUAGCGAAGAAUAAAGCGGUCGUCAAGAUGAAAAAAACCACCGCCGAGAACCUGGAUCUGGAUUACGCUGUGCUGAUGCCUGGAGCGGUGGCCGACGAGCUCAUGCGGCAGCUGGAAGACGGCGUCGAGUACUACGAGGGAGCCCUAACAAAGGUGAAGGUAUUUGGAAGAUGGCACGAGAUUCCUAGACAGCAGGUUGCUUAUGGAGACGAAGGCAUGAAGUACGCUUUUUCUGGAACCAGUUUGCCCGCGAAACCGUGGACGCCUCUGCUCAACGACGUGAGGAAUCUGCUAUAUGAAGUAACUGGUUUUCGCUACAACUUUGUCUUGAUAAAUAGAUACAGGAACGGAAAAGACCACAUAGGGGAGCACAGAGAUGAUGAAAAGGAGCUGGACAAAAACACACCUAUAGCAUCGGUGUCGCUGGGGCAAAAAAGGGCUUUUGUUGUAAAGCACGGCGACGCUCGAAAAAAGGGCCCUGCCAGGAGAGAUAUCCAGACCGUCAAACUCGAGCUCGAACACGGCAGUCUCUUACUUAUGAAUCCGCCCACUAAUGAGUAUUGGUAUCAUUCCGUCCCUCCCAGGAAACUCGAGAAUGGAGUUAGGAUUAAUUUAACGUUCCGAAAGAUCAAUAAGAAAUAGAGGUUUUAUUCGAACAAAGUUUGAUAGAAAUCCGAUUACUUUAGAACUUAAAAUAGGUCACCAAAUUAUUCAAACAAAUUUUAAAAUGGUGUUCGUGAAAAUAAGAUAACUUGCACUUUAUUAGUUGAAAUAAAUACAUCACAAAUUGGUUUCCACAAAUGUUUGACAUAAUUGUUUUGUAGAUAUAUUUUUUAUAAUCAAAUUACAAUAUUAUUAUUAUUCCACUACGAAGUUCUUCUUAAAAUUAAAAAAGUCUAACAAUUUGAAUGAUU